AUGUCUCAAUCAAGCUGUCAGUUCAUCUAUUUCCGCGUCAAGUCUUCCGUCAAACCCGAGGAUGUGUCAAGCGAAGAAGGCCAGGCUCUACUGGACGUCUUUCGCAUGACGAAACAUCAGAGUGGCCAUCAGAGCUCAGCCUGGGGUCGCACAUCCGAAGAUCAAGACAUCAUUGUUUGGGUUUUGGACUGGAACGACCCACGCAGCUCGACAGAUUUGAAUCUUCUGGAUCAAUUCCUCGCCGUAGACAACGCGCAACCGCCGACCUCAGUCUACGUCACACUCAGCCCGCCCAUCUCUGCAACGGCAACCCUCACCCAAAAUCCAGUGACGGAGCUAUGCACGCUGCCAUAUGCAAGCACUCUUUCUGUGCUAGAGGCGAAGCAGUUAAAUGCAGAUCUGAUUAGUUUCCGCACUGCGUUGAUGGAGCAAAUGCCGCAGGUGGCGAGCCCGCGGUCAUGGGCGAUGGGGCAGCUUGACCGACCCUGCAAACUGGACCAUGCACACAGUCCAAGUGGAAAAGCCACCGUGCAUUUCUUGGCGGUUGGCUGGGACAGCGUGGAUGCGCAUCUGAGCGCAAAGGAGACCGCCAAGUUUUCUGAGGGUGUUGCGCCUCUCAUGGAGAAGAUGUUGGCACCUAUUCCAGGGUUAGAGAUGAAUCAUGUCAGUUUCCAAAAAGUCUAG